GCAAAAAAAUGUCGAAUGCAGAGGAAAAAGUGGAGGCAUCUUCUACUGCACCACCACCGCCAUCGCCGCCGUGGGUUGAGCUUCCGGCGGAAAUCACGAUAGACAUUCUCCAACGGCUAGGGACGAUAGAGAUAUUGGAGAGUGCGCAGAGGGUUUGUAGUACGUGGUGGAAAGUGUGCCAUGACCCCGCUAUGUGGCGUGUUAUUGACUUGAAACGUGUCGUUUGUAGAUCCAAAUUGGCCUAUGUGUUGGAGAAGAUAUGCCGUCUUGCUGUGCGUCGUAGCCAAGGCCAGACUUUCAAAAUUAGCAUAGACAAUUUUGGUAAUGAACGCUUGCUCAGCUACAUUGCUUCGAGAUCAAGCCAGCUCAGGCAUCUCCGACUUGUUAAGUGUUAUAAUCGGUUAUCUGGGGGUUUGGCUUCAGCUGCGAAGAACUUCCCAUUUUUGGAGGAGUUGCAUAUUUACUUCACCUCUAUUACUAAAGAUGAUAUAGAAAUUGUUGGCCGCUCUUGCCCUUUGCUCAAGUCUUUUGUAUUGCAUGCCAGUCCAUUUGAUAAAGUUAGAACACCACCAUCACAAGACAAUGAUAAAGCUGUAGCCAUUGCCAGAUGUAUGCGUGGAUUGCGGCAUCUUGCCCUUAUUGAAAAUAACUUGACAAAUGAAGGACUUCAGGCCAUUCUUGAUGGCUGUCCACACCUUGAAUCACUUGACUUGCGCUGCUGCUGUUGUAUCGAUCUUGAAGGGGAUUUAGGAAGAAGGUGUAGCCAACAGAUUGUAGAUCUAAAGAAGCCUCGUGACUCUACUUGCGAUUAUGAAUUUGAUUGUAAAAUUAGGCAUUAUCGGUCUUUUGAGGAUUACUGCCGAUCUAGGUUCUCCAACUACAAUUCUUUCAUCGUCGGGGACAUUCAUGAGUAUGAUUAUUAUUUUUGACUCCAUGUAGCAGCAAGUACGUCGAUGAAGCUGGGAUCUUUUAUUGUUUUCAUGUUCAAAAUGAAACUUCGCUGAGGGCAAGAACCCAAAUUAUCAGUGGCAUCACUUAGACCAUGAAACUGUCAUAUUAAGCACUGCCCCAGCAUCAACUGGUACAAGGAGGAGGCACGAUAGCGAAGUGUAAGGUCCUCUCAAGCAGUGAGAGGAGCCAGGGUUGAAGAAUGCGUAUUUAUCGGCAGAGUGGGGUUCGUUUAGCAAGCAAUCUUGUUGCUUGAAAGCACACACAACACUCAAUAGGAAUUUGAGUGUGAAAGCAGUCUGCUCAUGCCCAGCGGACCAAUUUACGAUGUCUUUGUCGCUGAUGUUCGUUAAGCAGGCCACAUGGAUUGGUUAGGGUUUCUUUUCGGCUAAUAAAUCCUUGAUCCUAAAGCCUUUGAAGUAUCUUUUUGAUAGGUGCCUCUAUUUGUAUGGGAAAUUUGUUGCUGAAACAUCUCCCCUAGCUUCCCCUCCUUCCCCUGCUGCCUUUCGAUCCGCAGGAGAAUACAUUUACGAUGUCCCUGUCACUGAUGUUUUUCAAGCAGGCCACAUGGAUGGACCCCCAGGAUCGUCUUUGGCCAAUGUGAACUCUCUGAAGGAAGGGUAUGGAGUUGAUCCUCGCACUGAUCUCUAAGCGCUAACUGACCCUUCUCCGGUUUCUUGAAACGGGGAGGAACUUCCUGAUGAAACUAUUUCCGAGUUUUGGAUGCUUGCUAAAUUUGCUUCUGAUCUCGAUAAAGCUUACUCAGAAUCAUCUCAACCCCGAAGCAUUUGAAGUAUCUUUUGGUAGGUCCCUUUAUUUGUAUGUGUAAUUUGCUUCUGAUAAAUCUUGCUUAGUGGGAGAGAAAAAGAAGUAAUAACUGCUGUCAGUAUAAUUUACUAUUGUCAGUUGAAGGUAUAUACUACUAUGGUUUGUUUUUG